UCGAGAGGAGCGGAGCGCUGCUGCUUCUCCACAGUGAGCAUGAAGGUUCACGCAGACAGAAACACAUGAGGAUCACCAGGACCAGGACCAGGCCCAGAUGGAUCAGAGGAGAACUACAGCCUCGGAGGGGAUGGUGAAGUCUGUCGAAUGUGUGAACUUCCAUGUGGGAGGAAAUCGAAUGGUGAGCUGCAGGUUGCAGAUUCGGCGAAACCGGCUGCUGAAGGACCUUUUGUUUUUAUCCAGGGCAACACGCCAGCAAGCCUCGGCGUACGCUGACCUGCAGCAGCACCGGUCCGAGGGCGUCCACAGGAAACCGUCCCCGGUGUCCGGCUACGUCCCCCAGCCCGACUACCUAGAGGAAGACGAGGACAACGACCUCAUCAAACCCAAGAAACUGGUGAAUCCCGUCAAAGCUUCCAAGAGUCACCAGGAGCUUCACAGAGAGCUGAUGAGCAGCUGCAAAAGAAGCAGCGGCGUGAGUGUGGAGACGAAGCCGGAGCUGCAGCGAGUUCUGGAGUCGAGGAAACGAGAUCAGCUGAUCAAACAGAGGAAACAGGAAGAGGAAGCUCGCAGGAAGAUUUCUCCUCUGGAGGCCGAGCUCCUGAAGAGACACCAGAAACUGGACGAGUUGGACAAACAGCAGGAGAAGGAGCAGGAGGAGAACCUGAAAGCUCCAGAGUUUGUCAAAGUGAAAGAAAAUCUGAGACGGACGUCCUUUCAUAAAGAAGAGAAGGAAGUUUAGAGACAACUGCUGUCCUGGAGGACAAAACACAACUAAGGAGGAGGCUGUCCUCAUGUUCACAUGACAAUCUGAGGACUCAACCCGACUAGAGACACUCUGAGGACACAUGAAAGACACAGGACAGUCUUGACAGGAAUGAACAGAGGACACAUAAAGGACAAACCUACAGAAUACACUGAGGACGCAUUGCGGAGGUAUCAUGGGCAAAUGAAGGACAAUCGAGACUCUUGCAAUCUGGGGACACACUUGUCCAAAUGCAGGACGAAGCAGCUGUGAUGUCCUUCAGGAGACCCGACCGGGACAAGCAGCGGUCUCGCUGCUCUCUGUGGACGCUGUUGCCGUGGAAACGCGGCGCGUCCCUCUCCUCGGGAGGACGGACUGGGUCGCUGUCCCCUGGCGCGUCCCUGAAAGGUGUUUUAGUCACAUGAUUCUGAGCAAAGAAACGGCUUCUUUCUUAUUAACUACGUUAUAGUUUUUAGUCGUAAAUAUAAGAUUCAUCAGAUGAUUCCAAGAAAUCCUUUAAUCUUUAUGAGAUUCAGUCGAAUGAAUAGUUGCUGACUACGUACGAAAAGGUUUUCUUGCGAUGAUGGAAUAUUGAUGAAUUUCAUUAAUUACCAGGAUAAAUUUCUUUUCAUUUUUAUCUUAUUAUAAAGUGAAAAUUGGAUUUAAUUAGAAGCUUCUCAGCACUUUCAUCUACAAUUAAAUGUAAAAGUAAAUAAAUCAUUCCAGGAAAUAAUAGUAUAAUGGUACAUUUCUUUCUGUGUAUGUAAUUAAAUAUAAAGAGGCUGUUAUUUAGUCUUCAACGUUCUGGAAAUCAAACAUUCUGGAAGUAGAUUUUCAUAAAUGUGGAUUAUUUCUCAAUACGUAGUUACGGUUAAUUCCCGUUUCUUAAGACGCUAACUCAUUAAAAACUUAACGCAGUCAUCAUUAAAUAUGACAUAACACAGGAAACAUUAGUUUGAAUAAAUGCUGAUAAUUACGGUUUACAGAAGUCAAAAUUACAAGAAAAUCUCAUAAUUACGCGAAUUGUACGUUGCGAUAUUUUCUUAUAUUACAAAAUGUUUAGUUAUAGCUGAAUGGCAUUGAAGUAAUAAUUCUGAGAUUCUUCUCAUGGUUACAGAUUCAGUCUGUAAUCAUUAUUAGGUGUGUGUGUCUAUAUUUGAACACCGUUGUAUCACGAGAAAUUGUCAGUUUUACCAGAUGAAAAAUCAAAGUUUAUGGAUGCAGAAAAAUGACAAAAGUGAAAUGUAUUCCCAAAGAAACAACGACAACAACACAACACAAUCUUGUGUAUUUCUAAUCUAUCGUAUUCUAACGUCUCCCCAAAAAGAACUGCUUUGGUUUUAAUGAUCGGGACUCGUGAGAUGUGAAUCUGUCCAAGUCAUUUCAUACUCACAAAAUACUUGUUUCUUGAAUGAAAACACGACGUUUUGCUUCAUGGAAGUCGUAACAACGUGACGAUAUCUGCCACAAUUACAAGACACGGAACCUGCUCCUGGUUUCAUUACCCUUCAUUUGUUGGAAGGACUUGAAGAGCUUUUAUUUGUAAUUGUGACUGCGAGAAGGAUCCUGUGAUGAAAUGGUUCACAUGAGGACUUUGGCUGCACCGUGUAUUUAGUUUGUAACGUUUAUUCAAAGACGUGGUGACCCUGUGACCUCUCACUGAUCAGUGAAGUGUAAAAGAAGCCUUACUUUUGGACGUUUUUUAUUGUUAAUAGUGAAUUGUACAUUCGUUAAUUUUUUUUUAUUUUUAUUUCUUUAUUAUAGAGCACUUUAGACUUUUAACUGUACAAAUGAAGAAUCAGAUCUAAACCACUUAUUUUCAUUCAUAUCUUUGAUGUUUUGCGGCCUGUGAAGCGAUUUGUUCUGAGUGACUUGUUCGGAUUCGCUGCAGCAGAACGUCUUUGUUGACGUGACAAUAAAGCAACGCUGCUGUUCUGGUG